AUGUCAGGAAAUAACGGACGCAUUAUAUUAAUAGCUUUACUUUGUACAUUUAAAACAACAAUUUUAGCGGAAAGUAGCAACACUAUUGUGGAUUUAAUUAAUGAUAUAAACGAAAAUUCAAAAAUAAAUCUUAAUGUUUUAAUAAAUCUAAAGGAAAAUGGAAAAAGUAGCCAAACAAUUACUGAAAUUGCUAAACUUAUACAUGUACCAAGGAUAAUUAUCAAUAGUGUUAAAUAUAAAAACGAUUUGCUGCAAGAUAUUAAACCUUUAUAUGAAAACUAUAAUAGUGAAUGUUUAGCUAUAGUUUGGCUAAGUGAAAGUCAUGAAAAUAACACUUUUGAGUUAUUGGAUCGUUUAUUGUGGAAAAGAAAUUUUAAGGAUAUAUUAAUGAUAUAUGAAGAGAAAACACAAUUAUUAAAUUUGCAGCUAAAACGUAUAUUUCAAAAAUGCUGGAUCAAUGGUUUUAUAUCGGUACUAUUGUGGACGCAACAACAACUUUACACCUAUCAUCCUUAUCAUAAUGUAAAAGUGCUAAAACUCAAUAGUGUCGUAGAAUUCUGGGAUAAAUCGCACUUGAAAAAUUUACAACAUUAUUCAUGCCGUAUACCGUUUUUCAACUUUCCCAAUCAGUGCUUUUCUUAUACAAAUCGUCAAGGUGAAUUGGUUCGUACCGGUUACUUAUACAAAUGGAUACAAUUGUAUCUGCAACACUAUAAUGCUUCCAUACAACAUUACAACAUAGAUUUGUGGUCUAGAAAUAUAAGUCAGAAGGAUAUAAAAAAACUUCCAAAAACGGGCUUCUGUUUCUUACCAAUUCAUUUUGCAAUGUCUAUUCAAAUAUAUGAUAGAAGCAAUGUUUUGCAUUUGAGUAAAAUAACUUUAAUGGUACCCAAUGCUAAAGAGGUAUCUCCUAGUUUAUAUCUUGUAUUGCCUUUAAAACGUUGUAUAGGCUUGAUAAUUAUUGCAAGUGCAAUUAUGAUAUUCGUUCUAAUAUAUUUUAUGGAAUGUACGACAAAUAAAGUAAAAGAUAUAAGCAAAUCAGCUCUCUUAGCUUUUAGUAUAAUCUUGUUAAUUUUUACCGGAUUUGGAAAACAAAAAUCGUUAAAACAUUUCCUUUUUCACUUACUGUUUCUAUUUACGGGUAUAUUUCUCACCAACUAUUAUAGUUCUACUUUAUUUAGUCUGUUAACCUCUAAGGUAUAUGAGCCAGAACUAAGAACUUUUCAAGAUAUUGGUCGUACACGUUUGACUGUAUUGGAACAUACGGCGGAUGUAGAUUUAAUCCGUGAAAUAAAUAUACCACAAUCAAUAAAGCAACGUAUACGCACGGGUAAUAAUGCUGAAUUAUAUAGUAAACGUAAAAAACUCAAUAUGACCUACAUGUAUAAAGUUCAUGAUGAAUUUGGGGAUUAUUUACUAUUUCAGCAACAAUAUCUAAAACGUCCAAUUGCCCGUAAACUAGAUGAGGCAUUAUAUUUUCGUCCUCUUCAUGUGACCGUACCACAUCGUUCUCCUUUAAUUGAUCAUUUUAACACAUAUUUAUUGCGUAUAUUUGAAAGUGGUUUGGUGCAAAAGUUUCGUAUGGAUGCUAAAUGGGAUGGUGUAUUAAGCGGUAAUAUAGAAAUUCUAUUCGAUCCAGUUUUGGAUAAACCCUUAAGUUUAAUCAUUCAGCGGUGUCUUAGCACAUCAUCUUCUAUGUCUUCGUUGUCGUCUUCAUCAUCAUCGACUUUACCAUCGUCAUCUUCAUCUCGUUUUCAUCAUCAACAUUAG